CCUCCCCGGGGCUUCGCCCCGGACCUGCCCCCGCCCGCUAGCCGGCGCUCAGGCCGGAGCUCUGGGCCGGGCGCGCCGCCGCCCUGGAGUGAGGGAAGCCCAGGCGAGGGGGUCUCCGGGGCCGGCCGCGAUGGACGCCGUCUUGGAGCCCUUCCCGGCCGACAGGCUGUUCCCCGGAUCCAGCUUCCUGGACUUGGGGGAUCUGAACGAGUCGGAUUUCCUCAACAAUGCGCACUUCCCUGAGCACCUGGACCACUUUGCGGAGAACAUGGAGGACUUCUCCAAUGAUCUGUUCAGCAGCUUCUUUGAUGAUCCCGUGCUGGACGAGAAGAGCCCUCUACUGGACAUGGAACUGGACUCCCCCACACCAGGCAUCCAGGCUGAGCACAGCUACUCCCUGAGCGGUGACUCGGCACCUCAGAGCCCCCUUCUGCCCAUCAAGAUGGAGGACACCACCCAAGACGUGGAACAUGGAGCAUGGGUGCUGGGACACACACUGUGCUCCGUCAUGGUGAAGCAGGAGCAGAGCCCGGAGCUGCCCGUGGACCCUCUGGCCGCCUCCUCGGCCAUGGCCGCCGCUGCCGCCAUGGCCACCACCCCGCUGCUGGGCCUCAACCCCCUGUCCAGGCUGCCCGUCCCCCACCAGGCCCCAGGAGAGAUGACUCAGCUGCCAGUGAUCAAAGCAGAGCCCCAGGAGGUGAAUCAGUUCCUCAAAGUGACACCAGAGGACCUGGUGCAGAUGCCUCUGACGCCCCCCAGCAGCCACGGCAGCGACAGUGACGGCUCCCAGAGUCCCCGCUCUCUGCCCCCCUCCAGCCCUGUCCGGCCCAUGGCCCGCUCCUCCACGGCCAUCUCCACCUCCCCACUUCUCACCGCCCCUCACAAAUUACAGGGGACAUCAGGGCCACUGCUCCUGACAGAGGAGGAGAAACGCACCCUGAUUGCUGAGGGCUACCCCAUCCCCACGAAACUCCCCCUCACCAAAGCUGAAGAAAAGGCCUUAAAGAGGGUGCGGAGAAAAAUCAAGAAUAAGAUCUCGGCCCAGGAGAGCCGCCGUAAGAAGAAGGAGUACGUGGAAUGUCUAGAAAAGAAGGUGGAGACAUUUACAUCAGAGAACAACGAACUGUGGAAGAAGGUAGAGACCCUGGAGAAUGCCAACAGGACCCUGCUCCAGCAGCUGCAGAAACUCCAGACUCUGGUCACCAACAAGAUCUCAAGACCUUACAAGAUGGCCGCCACCCAGACUGGGACCUGCCUCAUGGUGGCAGCCUUGUGCUUCGUUCUGGUGCUGGGCUCACUUGUGCCCUGCCUCCCUGAGUUCUCCUCCAGCUCCCAGACUGUGAAGGAAGACCCCAUGGCCACUGACAGCGUCUACACAGCCAGUCAGAUGCCCUCCCGGAGCCUCCUGUUCUAUGACGAGGGGGCAGGCUCGUGGGAGGAUGGCCGCGGUGCCCUGCUGCCUGUGGAGCCCCCAGAUGGCUGGGAAAUCAACCCCGGGGGGCCGGCGGAGCAGCGGCCCCAGGACCACCUGCAGCAUGACCACCUGGACAGCACCCACGAGACCACCAAGUACCUGAGUGAGGCCUGGCCAAAAGACAUCGGUGGAAACGGCACCAGCCCCGACUUCUCUCACCCCAAGGAGUGGUUCCGUGAGAGGGAUCUGGGCCCCAAUACCACCAUCAAACUCUCCUAGGCCGCGCCAAGACCCAGGACACAGGACCUACCCUCUGGCACCCAGAAGAGGGAUUGUCUUGCUCUCUAACCCGGAUCCAGCUUGUACCCCUGUCCCCUGGGCUCCCACCCCAGGAGAAAGGGUUCCACUUCUCCCCAGCCCUAUCUUUGCCCCAAUCUUUACCAGGGCCCCUCCUUUCCCCACCACAUUUGGACUGUUCCCUUGGGCCGACCACUCUGUUCUCACCCCUCCCUCCCACAGUCAUCCGUCCUUCUCAGAUAAACCACUCACUGGGCUAACCCCCUCCUUUCUCAUCAUGACCAACACGACCACUGCCUGCCCGCCCCCUCCCCGCAAACACACCCACCAACAUACCGACACACCCCCCCACCCCCGCCCCACUGUACAGAGACCAAGAACAGAAAUUGUUUGUAAAUAAUGAACCUUAUUUUUUAUUAUUGCCAAUCCCCUAAGAUAUUGUAUUUUACAAGUCUCCAUCCUCCCUUCACCCCUCCCUUGUUUUAUAUUUUAUAAAGUUAGUGCGGGCUUUGCUGUUCCCGGGCCCUCAUCUGGCCUCCCCCUGCCGCCGCCCAAGCCGCCAGGCCUUUUUAAUUGCCAGACUGCUUCAUCCAUCAGCUCAGCACAUGCUUUAAGAAGGCAAAAGUAAAAAAAAAAAAAAAAGAUGCAGCAUCAA